CUUUCAUUUUCAACUUUUGUAAUGUCUUUCUACUCCAUUUAUCAACAGUAAAUUAUUCUAAACAACCCCUUUUUAUGUUCUUUUUGUACAUUUACCUUUCUUGAUUUUGUUUUUGUUUUUCGAAUUGGCGGGUGUAUAUGUUUUUUCAAGAUUUGGGAUUUCUGAGUUUUUCAAUCAUGUGUUAAUUUCUGGGGGAUUUCUAAUUUGUAUUGAGAUAUACAUAUCUGCUACAGUAGAAUUGAAUUGGUCAAAUAUUCUCUAUCAAAUGUAUAAGUCUAUCCUAUCUGUGGUGUAACAAAUAGAUUUUUGUUUGCUGGAGAUAAGUGUUGAAAUGGAGCAGUUAAAGAGAGGAAUAUCAAGGCAAUUCUCAACAGAGCUGUUUAGGAAGAGUGGAAAAUUCAGUUUCAAGAGGCAGAGUUCAUUGGAUCCAAGGAGGAACAAUUUGAGGUUCAGUUUUGGGAGGCAGUCAUCGCUUGACCCGCUUCAAAGGAGCCCUUCGAUUGAAAAUGCUGGGAGAACUGUGCCAGAGAAUCUUGAUUCGACGAUGCAGCUGUUAUUCAUGGCGUGUAAAGGGGAUGUGAAGGGAGUUCAGGACUUGUUGGAUGAAGGUAUUGAUGUGAAUAACAUCGAUUUGGAUGGAAGGACUGCUCUUCAUAUUGCUGCCUGUGAAGGCCAUGUGGAAGUUGCCAAGCUAUUGUUAAGUAGGAAGGCUAAUAUGAAUUCCCGUGAUCGGUGGGGUAGCACGGCGGCAGCUGAUGCCAAACACUAUGGUAAUGCUGAAAUUUACGAAAUGUUGAAGGCCCGUGGAGCCAAAGUCCCGAAAGUCAGAAAGACGCCAAUGGCUGUAGCAAAUCUACGAGAAGUUCCAGAAUAUGAACUUAACCCUCUGGAGCUUCAAAUCCGCAAAAGUGAUGGAAUCUCAAAGGGUUCAUAUCAAGUUGCCAAAUGGAAUGGAACGAAAGUUUCGGUAAAAAUACUUGACAAGGAUAGCUAUAAAGAUCCUGAAAGCAUAAACGCUUUCAAACAUGAAUUAACUUUGCUAGAAAAAGUGCGGCAUCCAAAUAUAGUUCAGUUUGUUGGAGCAGUUACACAAAAUAUACCGAUGAUGAUAGUCUCAGAGUAUCAUCCAAGGGGUGAUCUAGGUAGCUAUCUUCAGAAAAAGGGACGUAUAUCUCCUUCUAAGGCGCUUAAAUAUGCUCUUGAUGUUGCUAGGGGUAUGAACUACCUUCACGAAUGCAAACCAGACCCAAUUAUACAUUGUAAUCUAAAUCCAAAAAAUAUUUUGCUUGACAAUGGAGAUCACCUGAAAGUUGCCGGAUUUGGUCUGAUUAAAUUGUCAAAAAUUUCACCUGACAAAGCAAAGUUGGUGCAGCCGGAGGGUUUUGAUCGUUCAAGUCCCUAUGUGGCACCUGAGAUUUAUAAAGAUGAAAUAUUUGACCGGAAUGCGGACAUAUAUUCAUUUGGCAUUUUACUCUAUGAGAUGCUGGAGGGAACACCACCUUUUAAUACCAAGUCUCCUGAAGAGGCUACCAGAUUGAUGUGCUUAGAAGGCCAAAGACCAGCAUUCAAAUCGAAAUCCAAAUAUCCUCCAGAGCUUAGAGAGUUGAUUGAAGAAUGUUGGGAUCCAGAAGCUUUUGUACGGCCAACAUUUUCUGAGGUCAUUGUGCGGAUGAAUAAAAUAUUUGCUAACUCCUCGAAACAAGGAUGGUUGAAAGAUACUUUUAAACUUCCUUGGUUGUAAGUGUGCAUGAAAGUGUCAAGAACAUGGACAAUAAUUGGAGUCAACGGAGUUUAUCAGCGGAAGAUUCUUGUGGAGCUUUCCAUUUAUGAUAAACCUAAUAGGCAAACUUGUAUUUACAAGAUUCCUUGAAAGCUUUAUAUUGUUGUUAACCAAAUAAAAGGCAGAUUUGCUGGGUGAAUAAGAUGGGAUUACAAUUAAAUGUCGGCUUUAUAGUAAGUUUGAACUCCACUAUAUGUCAUGUGAAGUGUGUUUAUUAGAUCCAUAGUAUUUGAAC